UGGCGUCGUGGCCGGUAGAGUGCUCAUGAACGUACACCACGUUGUGGCUCUUUUGGUGGAGUGGAGAGAAACUGGCUCGGAUCGCCCUUCCCCACAGUUCUCCACACGAGCCGGCUUGAUAAGCCACGUGACGCACGUGCAAAAAAACAAAUCUCUUUUGGAGAAAUGGAGACUCAGGCAGAUAUGACCACGCCUCUCAACGAUACAUGCCCGACGUGCAACAACUCACUGGAAUUCGAUUGGACAAGUGCAGAGAAAGUCUGCUUAAACUGCAUUCACAAUCUUCAGUACAAAGAUGAUUUGAUACUGGAUUUAAAUGAGAUGGCUACAAAUUUCUCAAUGGUACAGCUGGGAAACUAUCAGCCUAUACCCACAUCCAUGGCUAGCCCCGUCAACUCUUCUCUGCACUCAUCACCAGAAGUUUUCCUGCCCAAAACUCUAGGAGACACAUCAGAAUGCCCUUUACAUCACUCUGCCUGUCUAUAUUGGUGCUACACAUGCAUGACUCCUGCAUGUUUGAUCUGUACCAGCCAGCAGCACUCGAUGCUGACAGGACACAGGACUGGGCCUUUAAGCGAAGCUCAAAGUCUCCUUCUCUCUCAGCUUCAAGUGGAAGUUCAAGCAGUAAAGAAGAUACACAGUGACAACAAACUGUUGACUGGGAGCCACAGAGAAUUUCUGUGUUUAGUGAUGGAAGCCUGCACUAGCUUGGAAAACCUUAUGCGAGAAGAGCUAAGCAGUCUGAACAAACAGAGCAAUUCUGCUGUGUCAAAUGGCCUGAAUGAGGAAGAUACUACACAGUUUUUGCUUAAUAAAGUUACAUUUCAAUUAGCUGGACUUUCAGGGCCUGACGAGGCUGCCGAAAUGCUCAGAUCUCUGCAGUCGGAACGCAUUCGCCUUCAGACUAAGCAACAACAACUGGCCAUGCAGCUGACGUUAAAUCGUGUCAUUGGUUCAAGCAACCAAGUACUGGACUUGCAUACGUUCCGCCAGGCGGUUCAGAACUUACGGUAUUCUGGCAAUCGUGGCCCCUCGACUAUGGAACUGUUGCAGUCUCCACCUACCCAACCCGAUCCCGUGGCUCUUUUGGCCAACGUAUGCAACGCGCGACUCUACACCAAACAACUCCUCGCGAGCUCUCUAUUGACUUCGACAUCUCCCAAUAAAAGCAACUCGAUGGCCAGCGUCCUAUCUCCUACUUCUCCUUUGCACUCCUCUUUCCCUCGUUUUUUCUUGGACUUGGAAGUGGACGGAAUCGUCGAAGGCCGCGUUGUACUGGAAACCCGACCAGACGUGGCACCCAAAAUGGCCAAGAAUUUUGCAUCGCUUUGCAUGGGAGAAAAAGGAUUUGGCUACAAGGGAUGUCAAGUUUUCCAAUGCUGGGGAGGGGAAUCGUGCAUCGCAGGUGACUUCGAGUGCAAUUCUGGACGUGGAGGACGGUCAAUCUAUGCGGAGGAACCUUUCUUUAUGCCUGACGACAGCAAGCUACCCUGUAUUCGAGCAGCGAUUGGCAUGAGACGUACGCAAAAAAAGCACCACAGUCAAGGACUAGUGGGUUCCCAGUUCCGUAUUCUCCUUCGUGACAUGCCCUUUUUUACCGGGGUCUUUGGCCACGUCAUCCAUGGCUUGGAGCUGGUGGAACGUGUCUCUUUUCUCGGCGACCAUCAAGGCUUCCCACGCAAACUCAUUACCGUAGCGAACUGUGGAUUACUCAGUUAGAAGACGAUGUCUUCGAUUUGCUGGUUUGCUUUUCGUCUCAAAACAACCAAAAAAAGAAAAGAAAAAAAAAACGCAAAAGGCAUCGGGGUGACCCGAAAAACCUAAUAUUUUCCUUCUAACCCUUCGAAAGCAACGAGUUUUUUUUUUUUUCACGUAGUGAAAUGUAACAACUUGGCUCCAUAUCUGACUUUUUCUUUUGACGACCGAUACAAGUUAUUGCAUCGCCCAGUUUCAAUACUGCCACAUGUUGUUUGGUAAAUAGCAAGAAUUGUUGUUAUUUCUUUUGUCGUACUUCCCUUUUUUUUUUGUCGUCGAUUUAGUUAUUAUUGCUCUACUAUUCCCGCUACAUUUCGUCGCCCCAAUCGUGAAGUUCGGAUCACCCAUUUGAAAAAUGUCCCUGUUUUUUUUUUCCCUUUUCUUUCCAUCUUUAGCCCCCCUCUCCCUACCGUUGUGUUAUGGUGCCUGCGUUGUGUUUUUGGCGUAAACAUUGAGAAAAAAAAAAAAAAAAUCGUUAGUCUUUAUUAACACUGCGUGAAAGGCAAAUAUGCUACUUUUUUGUCCAACGAAUUUUUUAGGUUGUUACAACACGUCGACAUGUCUAGUCUGUCAGUGUGUGCGUGUGCGCGUAUCUGUUGGGAAAAAUACGGAGUGCCUUUUGGUUUUUGCUUAUGUCGCACCUUCCUCGGCUUGUUACCUUUCCCCUUUUUCGGCGUAUCGGAAUUAUUAAUGUCUCGAGUUUAUCGUGGUUGUUACGGACUAUUACCUUCUCUAGCUCCUUCCCAAUUUUUCUAAAACCUUUCAACUAAAAAAAAUACUUCAUCCAUACGUGGAUAAUCUAAAGGGAAACCUGAAUGCUGAAAUACACGUAACGAUCGCUGUCGA